CCCUACACAUAGCAGCAGGACGAAAUGAUGUUGCACAAGAUGGUUUUGAUCGAUAUUUCAAAGAGUCUGUGUUGUUGGGAGUAGCGUAUCCAGGAUUUUGAAAUAGGGUAGACACUUUUAAAAGAAACAAAAACUACAGUUUUUUUUAAAAAAAAAGAUACAAUGAAAAUGAGAAUUUGCGGAGUACUAAUUACAAUGUUUACAUAUAAUUUAUCAAUUUCACCGUUCACCGUUAUUUUAUAAAUUCUAAGAAUUUAAAGAUUAUACAAGAUAAAUAUGUAUACGCAGUACUCCGUGUUAUAUAAGCAAAUAACAACAAAACUUUAAAAAUAUACGAAGUAGAAAUUAAAAAUCAGAUGAGAAUAUGACGUGCCACCCCGAAAAAGAAAGGAAAAAAAAACUGGAAUUUUAAAUACUUGGCAAUCUAGUUAAUCUGCAACAAACAAACAUAAAGGUAAGAUGCUAGAGUGGUCAGUGAGGAAAAAAAACUGGAAUUUUAAAUACUUGGCAAUCUAGUUAAUCUGCAACAAACAAACAUAAAGGUAAGAUGCUAGAGUGGUCAAUGAGGAAAUCAAGUUAUGAUUUUUCAUGGGUUCGACUCCUACAUUGAACAAAUUCGUGUUUUUUUUUCUUUAUUUAAAUACCCAGCCUAUUAAAAUGAUUUUUCAGUUAAAAAGUUGGGUAGACAUUUGUCUACCCAAUUUACACUAUACAUCCGCCACUGAUUGUUGGAUAUAACUGGGGAAUUAUUAGGGGUGUUACUAGGUAAUCGGCCCAAGGAUAACGUGUGACAAGGCCAUGAAACUACUUGGUGACUUUGAGUUAGCAAUGACUAGCGUAUUGACUUUAUGCUUGAAUUGGUUUCUGAUAAACUUCCAGGUGAUUAUGGAGUACGGAGUGCUUUUCAACUUAUAGGCAUGUUGUAAAUUUUAUUAGUGGAUGUCGAAGUGAAUCAUCGCUUCUUUUCUCUUCAUUAUCAAUUAAUUUGUUCUUAAUUUUUUAUUGAAAGCAUUCUUUGUUUUAUUUUAUCAAAAAUAUUCGAAAAUUGUGUCAUAAAAUUGUUAUUUCCUUAAGUUCACAGAUGGUUCUUCACAUAUUACUCAGAUUAUGUAUUUUUCCCUUUCAAAAUUCUUUUAAGACAAACAAAAGAAUUAUGAAACUUUUGUGUUAUUUGUUAAUAUUGAUGAUUUGAUCUUGAUUUUACAGUAUGUUUGCUUAAGGGUGUCAAACUUAUUUUUUAUAUUUGCACGCAUCGCGUGCAUAUAAGAUUGUUAAAGAAAGAAAAUAAGUGAGACUAAUCAAUACCUAGUAUUUAAAAAGGAAAACCAGCUUCACUUUUAGGACAUGUAAGCAACACCAUUUUGAAGACACGUGUCAGACACAAAGUCAUCACCACUAAGACACGUGGCCAAUAAUACAUAAUCUCAUGUAAUACAUAAUAAGUCACCUCAACAUUUCAUCCUUCCCUAGUAUUUAAAAAGGAAAACCAGCUUCACUUUUAGGACAUGUAAGCAACACCAUUUUGAAGACACGUGUCAGACACAAAAUCAUCACCACUAAGACACGUGGCCAGUAAUACAUAAUCAAUUCUUCAUGUAAUACAUAAUAAGUCACCUCAACAUUUCAUCCUUCCCUUUUCAAUUUUAGUUUAACCGUUUAGAACAAUUUAAUUAAAGACAUUGAUUAAUACAUUGGCGGUUAUGGUGAAUCAAGAAUGACAAACAUUUCAGAUGGUUAUAAUUCUCGGGUUAAUGAAUAUGACUGUUUAUUAAACCUACAUGUUUACAAUUUUUUAUAGACCGACAUUCCUCCCUAAAUUAUUUUGCUAAAUUUCUUCAUUCUGAAGAAUUUUACUAUUUUCCUAUAGUUGGGUGGAAGUAAAAAUUAUGUUAUGAACUUUUAAUUCAUGCCCACCCCAUUGUUUUCUGGAAAAAUAUUUCUUCUAAUGAGGUUGGUAUUAGUUAAUGUUAUCAUUAUAUUCAUUUUUUUAGCCUAUUUAAAUCAACGUUUUAUCUUCUUCGCAUCCCGUUGCCUGACUUGCCUCAAUCAUCAUCAUAUUUCAAGUUCUUUUACAAACGACUUAAAAAACCGACAACAUGGAUGCAUUUUUGUUUUGAAAUAUGUAUGACACCUACUACUACUACACCCCUAACUAUGUAAGCACAAUUUCGAGCUUUAUUAAAAUGGUUUAGUCUUUGAUGUUUUCCAGAAUUUUGACAUAUCACGUCUGGUUAGCUUGAUCAACAACUCUUAAUUCUAGGUCAUUUUCCUUUUUGGUAGUUUUCUUGAUUGUGAUGCAAAGGAUAGGGUGCGAAAUCUUAUGUAUACUUGGCAAUUGAAACAUAGUUUUUCAAUCCAACAAACAACAAUCGUGAAUUUCUUAGCAUAUUGAAGAUUUGUGGAUUUCUUUGGUUUAAUCCAAAGAAUACAUAUGCUUAGCUUAGAAUGUAUUAGCAUAUUUCUCUUAUUCUCACUUUUUUUAAAAAUCCCUUGGAUAAAAGCUAUACUUCUAAACUAGAAUGUAUUUGUGGUCUUGUGGGAGCUCAUAAUAUAUUCCAUAAAAGUAAUCCUUCCACCCAAUAUAUCUUCGAAAUUUUAGUUUGUCCACGUGCUAUAAAAAUUAUAGUGAAAUAUUAUACGUUUAUACAUUUAUCGUUUUGGUAUGUCAAUUUACCAUUUUUUUCAAUUGUGUUUUCUAAAAUAUAGCCCGUGCGUAAAACGGGCCAAAAGCUAGUUAAUUAAAUAAGGCUGGAUGAGAAAAUCAAUGAGAAUAAAGGUAGGAUAGGGUAGAAAAUUAAAUUAUAGAAUGCGAGUAAUUUGGAAAAAAAAUUGCCAAAAAAGAAAAAAAAAAGUUUACAAUGGGAAAAACCUUUAAGAAAUGAAAGGAGAAUGCAGUAACUUUAGAGUUUAGAUAGAGAAAUAUUUGAAUCAAAUAAUUUUAGAAUAUAUGUACAUGAACUAGACUAUGACGUACACUCAAUUAAUUAUGAUCGACUAAAUUUUGAUAGGCAGAGAAAAAAAAUAAAAAAUGUAUGAGAGAUAGUACAUCCACGAGUGGAAGUGUGUAACCACGGAAGCCAUUUGUCCGUACUUGACUUUGUCUCCUGUUAAAAAAACUGAAUGCAUGCAAUACAAGACAAAUUAAAACAUGUGGAUACAGAUCACAGAUCACACAUUCACACAUUCACACAUUCACACAAUCGAAAGUACGCAUUGAAAUCUCCGGUUAUUAUCCAAUCUCUUCGAUCUUUCGUAAUCUUCUAGUUCUCCAACUUAAAUCUUUUACUCCGUAGAAUUUAGUAUUUACUCCUUCCGAUCCGAUAUUAGUUGUUCCGUUACUCAAGUGGACAUAUUAAAAAAGGCGAUGGUUCAAGUGAAUUUGGCCCAAAAGAAUAAGCAGCAAAACAUGAAGGAGGUGAAUAGUUUUGAAGAUAAAACACAAAAUAUGAUCACCAUUAAAGGGAUUAUUGGGUUAAUAAUGUCUCAAAUUGAUGAGGAUGAUGUUCAUAAUAAUAAGGAGGUUAUUUCUCUUGGAAUGGGGGAUCCGACUGCUUAUUCGUGUUUUACAACUACUCGUGUCGCUGAGGAGGCUGUCGUUGAUGCAUUGUCUUCUACUAAGUUCAAUGGUUAUGCUCCUACUCAAGGUCUUCCACAAACUCGAAAGGCAAUUGCUGAUUAUUUGUCGCGUGAUUUACCAUACAAAUUAACUAAGGAUGAUGUUUUUGUGACAUCUGGGUGCACAAAUGCUAUAGAUAUAGCACUGUCUAUACUUGCUCGUCCAGGGGCCAAUAUAUUGGUACCAAUACCAGGCUUCCCAAUCUAUCAACUCUGUGCUUCCUUUAGGCAAAUUGAGGUUAAGCACUUCAACCUUCUUCCCACCAAGGGUUGGGAAGUUGAUCUUGACGCUGUUAAAACUCUAGCUGAUGAAAACACCGUUGCAAUUGUUGUCAUCAACCCUGGAAAUCCGUGUGGAAAUGUCUACUCUUAUCACCACUUGUCACAGAUUGCAGACAUAGCAAAGAAGCUUGGAAUUGUUGUAAUUGCUGAUGAAGUGUAUGGGCAUCUUGCAUUUGGGAAAAACCCGUUUGUGCCAAUGGGAACAUUUGGAUCAAUUGCUCCUGUUCUGACUCUUGGAUCAUUAUCGAAGAGAUGGUUAGUCCCUGGUUGGAGACUCGGCUGGCUUGCUGUAACAGAUCCUACUUCCAUUUUCAAGCAGCCUAAGGUCAUGGAGAGAUUAAAAAAGUUCUUUGACAUCUACGGAGGACCACCAACAUUCAUUCAGGCAGCAGUGCCACAAAUCCUAGAGGAAACAGACGAUGUCUUUUUCAAGAAAAAUAUUAACCUUCUUAAGCAAACAUCAGAUUUCUGUUUUGAUGGUAUAAACAAGAUCCCCUGCCUCAAUUGUCCGCAGAAACCAGAGGGUUCAAUGGCUGUAAUGGUAAAAUUGAAUCUCUUGUUACUGAAAGAUAUCAGUGAUGAUAUUGACUUCUGUUUUAAGUUGGCUAAAGAGGAAUCUGUAGUCAUUCUUCCAGGAGUUGCAGUCGGAAUGAAAGAUUGGCUUCGGAUCACCUUUGCUGUUGAGCCUGCCUUUCUUGAAGAAGCGAUACAAAGGAUAAAAUCUUUCUGUCAAAGGCAUGCCUGUCAGCCAGAUCGAAACUAAUGAAGUAUAUAUAUAUUUCCUACGUAUUAUUGUUAAAAACUGUGAAUAGAUGAUUGUAAAGGAGCUAGAAAUGAAAUUUAGCAUCAUAUACUAGUA